CUAUUCUUCCAUUCAUAAAAAUCUUGGUAUUACGCUUGCGCAAUGAAAAUCGGAGUCCUCCCAUUCAUAAAAAUGUAACCCCUGCAUUUGAGCCCGGAGUCGUUCUGCCCUCCCAUUCACAAAAAAAUCGGUCAAUGCAUCUGCGCAGUUUGUUCUUUACCCUCCCAUUCAUAAAAACCCAUUUCCCCAUGUAGUUGCAACAUCGUAUCAAAAAGCCCGUGUCCUGACCGCAGUACGCAUCGAGUGGAUAGUGUUUAAUAAUUUUUCGCCUUGCCCUUUUUUCUUUACUUGGGAGUAAUAUAUUUGGAAUAUACAUGCAGUCGUCAAGCUCAACAGAGAAAUGCGCUGCUAGUCUGGAAAAGACUGCUAGAUGUUGAGCUCUCUGUUUGCUGUAUGAGGGACACAACUGCACAGAUGGAGUCAAGGGUUCCCCACCACAUCCCUGGAGUGUCUUCCUCCAUUAUAUCCCAGCCGUUGCUGGACAGUAGUGUCCCCUAUGGAAGGCUCCAGUACCCGCUCACCAUCUUCCCCAUCGACCAGAUUAAGUCCUCUCACAUGGAGAACGACUAUAUUGACAGUCCGGCUGUGGUCUCCCAGCAACCCCCCAGCCAGAAGGUUGCCAAAAGGGGGUCCCACGAGCCACUGCUAGGGGCCCCCCAGCUGGCGCGCUGCGACCCCAACGACGCCACCACACACCCCUGGAUCUCCUUCAGCGGGCGGCCCAGCUCCAUCAGCAGUAGCAGCAGCACCUCGUCAGACCAGAGGCUGCUGGACCACGCAGCCCCUACCCCCGUGGUGGACCACAGGUCCACAGUAGUCACCACCAGGACCCCCUGUUGCAAGCCCAAGGUGCUCACUUCCAAGCCUCUGGACCUAAAGGCUGCUGCCCAGGGGGCCAUGGGGGUGGACAAGAAGCACAUGCUGCUGUGUGAGACAUGUGGUAAGUGCCGCUGCACAGAGUGCACCCUGCCCCGGACCCUGCCUUCCUGCUGGGUGUGCAACCAGGAGUGCCUGUGCUCGGUGCAGAGCCUGGUGGACUCGGCCACCUGCAUGUGCCUGGUCAAGGGCAUUUUCUACCACUGCACCGAGGAUGAGGACGAUGAGGGCUCUUGCGCCGACCGCCCAUGCUCCUGCCAACAGUCUAACUGCUGCGCACGCUGGUCCUUCAUGACGGCCAUGUCCCUGGUGCUGCCCUGUAUGAUGUGCUACCUGCCCGCCAUGGGCUGUGUCAAACUGUCGCAGAAGUGCUACGAUAAAACCAGCCGCCCGGGCUGCCGCUGCAAGACCUCCCAGCAGGCCUGUAAGAGUAUGGAGGCCAAGGCUGGAGGCCAGGAGAAACAGUCCUCAUGAUACUAACUGGCUGUUGCCUUAUCAAUACCCUUUGGAUAGACCAAUCCCCCCACCUGCUGGAGGACUUCCCAAAAACUAUGGUACUUACAGAAGGGUUCACACCUGUCCUUCUCAGUUCUAGUGAUGUUAUGCCACACGAGUUAAAAUAGGUCUGUCUGCUAGAUCUGUUGGCCUAGACAACUGCUUGCCUCAGAACCCAUCCGUAUAAGUGUAACAGACUGGUGGAUUUUGUUUUAUAAAAUGGCUGAAGGCACAAGUCAUACUCCCUCUAUACGGCUCUGAAUUUAUAGCUUCAUGAUAGCUAGCUACUCCAUGACAAAUUGGACACCAGUUGUUUUCCCCCUAACAUAAAGAUAUAUGUUUGAGAAAAUAAGCCUGUUCCAAAGCAGUUUCCCUCUAUUUUUUUGCAAACUGUUGGUUUUCCUUUUUGGUAGUUUAGGAUACUUCAAGUGAAACUACCACCCACUCUCCCCUAUAUAUGAACAUUCUUUAGGUUUCAGUCCCACACAAGCUUUCCUGUUGCUAGCUUGAUGUUGGGCUUUUUAGGUCAAGGUGACAAAGUGAGAGGUAGUCACGUGGCUUUGGAGCGAUAGUCUGUUUUUUAUAUUCUUGUUUGUGUGCUCGUACGAUAUGUAAGGUCAUACCACAAGUGAGUGAAAAACUGUGUUUAGGAUUGCCUGACUUGAUCACUUUCUAUUUCCUUAAGGGGAAACGUAAUGUGGAUUUUAACCUAGCUUUUACCAAUCACUUCGGGAAAAAAUGCAUGUCAUGCGCUGCAUGAUGUAACUUAGUGCUUAACCCCAGUGCUAGAUGUGGAUGUGUAGUAGAAAAACCUCCUCAGGGAUUGUUCCUCAUCAGUAGAAUUUGGUCUAGCACGUCAAAACUGCUUGAAAGCCUAGUUGACUUCACUUUGCACAAGAGGCGAAGAACCGUUUGAAAAAGGGCAAAAGGGCAAUGGUGAAUUAUUUAGGAAGAGUGAGAGGAAAUGGGUGGAAAAUAGCGUUUUCAGGAAGAGGGAGAAGGUAGAGUGAAGUUGUAGCGUACCUAGCCAGCCUUAGUGAAAUCCAAUCUGCCACUUGCACAACCUUUUUAGAUGAAGCAAACCUCUUAUGAUGGACUAAAGCACAGUAUUAAGUAUAAAGGCUGAAUGUAUUUUUGCAUUACUCUGUGAACUACUUUGAGUCCACAUUGUAUACCCCACUACUCAAAAAAAGGAGUUUGUCUUAUGUUAGAAAUAUUCUUUAUCUUUUUUUUCUCAACCUAUUUUUGUGUCUUGCAUGGAGUUCCAAUGACUUUGCCAAAAGGAGUUUAGUAUAGCUUGUUUAGCUGUCUAAGGGAUCAUAUGUGUUAUGCACUUGCCAAAUGGUCGGAAGGCAAUUGUUCUUAAAGGUACGGUGCCCUUUUUGCAGUUUGCUUCAGUUUGGCAUAAUUCUGUCAUGUUGGUUCUAAGGUCCCCUAAUAACAUUAAGACCUGUCACCUUCUCAUGUUUGUACUUGUCUUGUUGCACAAAGCAGAAAACAUACAGGAGAAAACACUGUUCUUAGUCUUGAAUGUAUAAGGCAAUAUUACUUUCAAAUGUUUGCAAUUCAAUCCAAGGAAAGGUGCCAAAAUUGGGAAUGAUUUUGUGGCUGGCAAAGCCGGGGAAAAAUUGCAAAUGUGUUGACAAUAUGUUAUAGAAAUAGACCUAUGCAGGUGACAUGCUGUUGUAAAUAGUUUCAAGACACGUGUUCUUUAGAAGAGUUUUAAAUGUCCUCGAAAAAUUGCAUGGUACAUUAUAACUACAAUUCAGUACAAAAUAUAUAGAGAUAUGUAGAUAUAUAUUUUGGGGGUAAAGUUGAGGGGAAGAGGGUGGG